AUGAACGGAGCAACGUCGGUUACAACUUCAGAGGAACACCAACAUCAACACCAACAACCACAGAACGAUGCACCCCAGGAGCAUCCGAGAAGUCCUACCAGCCCUCUAAGUAUUCGACAUGACUCGGGCGAGAGCAGCGUAAUCUCCCCAGGAUUACCAGAGCGAUACAGUCCUUUGGGGGCGACAGGAUCGACCUCGAGUCACGAUCCUUACGGCUCGAGGUCCGUCCAAGAAUGUCCGGUUCCUCUUUGCCGUGGAAUACCCACGGAUUUUCCUCUCGCGAGGUCACCGUAUCUAACUGCCCUGGGAAACGGCCAUCCUCAUUUGCUGGGACAGGUCCAGCAGCAGCAGCAACAACAGCAACAACAGCAGCAGCAACAGCAAUUGCAACCGCAACACGGUAGCAAGCCACCGCGCAGCCUUGGCUUGAUUUGCGUGGUCUGUGGUGACACUAGCUCCGGGAAACAUUAUGGAAUUCUGGCCUGCAACGGAUGCAGCGGUUUCUUCAAAAGAAGCGUCAGGCGAAAGCUGAUAUACAGAUGUCAAGCCGGUACCGGAAGAUGUGUCGUGGAUAAAGCACACCGAAAUCAGUGUCAGGCGUGCCGUCUGAAGAAAUGCAUGCAGAUGGGAAUGAACAAGGACGCGGUACAGAAUGAACGGCAACCCAGAAACACUGCCACCAUCAGACCAGAGGCUCUCGUCGAGAUGGACCAGGAACGAGCGCUUCGAGAGGCUGCGGUUGCCGUCGGUGUGUUUGGACCACCUGUGUCUCUGGCUAUGGCAAGAUACACAACCCCGUUGCCUUUACCCACAGUUGCGCCUACGACAAAUUCGGCGAACCCUCCGACACCGCCUCGACAAGAUAACGAAGAUGGAAACGCAUCGGAGGAUAGCAUAGACGUGACGAACGAAGAACCAUUGACACCGCAGAGAAGCGGUUGCACGCAAAUUCCGCCUGUGAUCCCUUCUCUGUAUUCACCUGCCAGUGCAGAAACGGUCUACGAAACCAGUGCCAGGCUGCUCUUCAUGGCUGUAAAGUGGGCCAAGAAUCUUCCUUCCUUCGCGAGUUUACCUUUCAGAGAUCAGGUGAUACUUCUGGAAGAGGCCUGGUCGGAGCUUUUCCUUCUAAAUGCAGUACAGUGGUGCCUUCCACUUGAAUCGUCGCCCCUUUUCAACUCCGCGGAACUGACUGCUUUGACUUUGUCGCCGCAUCCGCACCCCCAUUCCGGUAUCCACAUGCAGACCACCACGGGCAAACCAAGUCAGGUGGCAGCAGAUGUGAGGCAUUUGCACGAUACCUUGCAGAGAUAUAAGGCUGUCAUGGUUGAUCCGGCUGAAUUCGCCUGCAUGAAGGCCAUUGUGUUAUUUCGACCAGAAACCCGCGGUUUAAAAGACUCCAGUCAAAUAGAGAACCUCCAGGAUCAAGCGCAAGUGAUGUUAGGCCAACACGCCAGGGCACAGCAACCAGGCAGUCCAGCUCGAUUCGGCAGGUUAUUGCUGUUGCUGCCGUUGCUGAGGACAGUGCCAGCGUCUAGGGUGGAAUUGAUAUACUUUCACAGAACAAUCGGGAAUACUCCAAUGGAGAAAGUCUUGUGCGAUAUGUAUAAAAAUUAA